GCUUCCAUGGGUGACAAAGCCGUGUGCAGCUUAUUUUCGCAGACGCAGCUGCCAGUGACGUCGAGAACUUUUCAGCUCUUCCCUUAACACCGGCAAUCGCCGAUUACACCCACGCUGGAUCCUGCAAGCGAACCAUCCGACUGUACGCCUCUCCACUAUAUAACACCGUUCAGUCGUCGUGGGCUACCAUCUAACCACCGGGUGCACCGCUGUACACCAUCGCGAAUAUCUUCACAGAUACUUUCUUAACAUGAGUUCCCCUGCCAUAACGCUGCCCACGGAAACAAUCUAUGAUAUCGUCUUGAUCGUCGUUAUCCAGUACAUAGAUGAUCUAGUCCUUGGACCUCUGUCUUUAUGCGCGAAGACAGAGAAAGGCGAAACCAAAGAGGUAAAUUCAUCUCUUGGAUCGGUCGAUUUGGACCUUGAGCUGACGAGCGAGAACCCAGUCUUACCCUUCCUGGUCGUAUCACUUCAGUUCCGCCAUGUUACAUUGGAAGUACUGUCCCAAAAUCUCGGUAUUCCAUUACAAAAAGAAGGUAUUUGGCGACUCGAGGGCAAGCCGUGGGCAAAGAUCUACCCUGUCCGCAAGUUCUGGGCAGAUUCGGAAGAUUUGGACCUGUCCACACUAUCUGAGACGACCGUUAUCGACCAUUAUGGCGACUCAGACGUGCUGGCGGUGUAUGUUUUGCUGCAUGUGACACGCAAGGUUGUGGAGACUAUACAGCGCGGUAACAGAUCAUUUCACCUAUCGGACAACCGGCGCCAGCUGCCAGAUAUCAAUGCCUUUGGGACAAUUGUGGACAAAUUACAUGGCCACUAUAUGCUCUGUCCUAGGGUGUUCCAGUUGCUCAUGCAACCAUCGUUGCAAGGAUGCACGACUCGGUCUCUCAUCACACAGACAUAUGAUGGCCCGUUGACAAUGUUGACGGCGCAGUUCUUUCAGUACUCAAUGCAACUUUUACUUGGAACUGUCUCUGAGGCGGAGGCUACUCUGUCUUCUAUGGCGAGCCUUAUUCGUAGCGUCAAACGUGACGAUGAAGCCAUACUCGCUAGAUGGAAACUUACUGUACCUCUCAGUCAAGCCAUCGGAGCCUCGCGGUUGACAAGCUGGUACAAGGUCCUAAAUGGCUUGAGCGGCCAUAACAGUAGCGGCCAAACGACGGAGAUAGCGGGAGAAGCUAGGCAGCUUCGUGACGUAUUUUUAGGGCGACUCAAGGAGAUGGGCAUCUCCCCCGCCCUUGUAGCUUUGGAGGUACAAGAUCAACUAACGCAGCUCUCACUUGAAGGUCUGUAACAUCCAUGCUGCUAAACUUCAAUUUAUCUCGAGUGGCUUGCCAAUACAAUGCAAUCAUAAACCUUACAAAUUU